CAAAAAAAUAACUUGACCUUUGCGGAACUCCCGAUCUUGAAUUGAUCAACCACCGAACUUUUUCGCCCAUCGGCUCGGAUUCUGUCGACAAUCCGCACGUCACCUUCACGAUGGGUAUCGAUCUCCGGAAGCAUCACGAGCGGAACACGCACCGCAAGGCCCCCAAGAGCGACAAUGUCUACCUCAAGCUUCUGGUGAAGCUUUACCGCUUCCUGGCCCGCCGUACCGACUCGGCCUUCAACAAGGUUGUGCUCCGCCGCCUGUUCAUGAGCCGCAUCAACCGCCCGCCCACCUCGCUCUCGCGCAUUGCGGCCAACAUCAAGAAUGGCAACGAGAAGAAGACGGUCGUUGUUGUCGGCACCAUCACCGAUGACAACCGCCUGCUUGUCGUCCCCAAGGUGACUGUCGCUGCCCUGCGCUUCACCGCCACCGCCCGUGCCCGCAUCGUCGCCGCUGGCGGCCAGGCCAUCACCCUCGAUCAACUCGCUCUCGAGAAGCCCACCGGUGCCAACACCCUGCUCCUCCGUGGCCCCAAGAACUCGCGUGAGGCCGUCAAGCACUUUGGCUUCGGCCCCCACAAGCACAAGAAGCCCCAUGUUCAGUCCAAGGGCCGCAAGUUCGAGAAGGCUCGUGGCCGCAGAAGGUCGCGUGGUUUCAAGGUGUAAUGUGUAUAACCUUGAUCUUGUUUGCUUUGAGAGUUGGUAUGUCGUGGCGCGGGGAACAAGUCAAUGGUUAUGGGGCCGGAUGUGCUUUUUGGCCUUGUUAUUUAUUCUUCAUAGCCACGGUGUGCUACUGGGCGCCUACAGUAGUUGUGCGCGCAAGGGAUUCGUGCAUGGUUCCAGCGCGUGCAAUGGCAGGUACAUCAAAAGGGUUGUCGGAUUUUUCUAACGACGAAUUGACAGGUAAUUUGCUACCACCAAUAUUUAUGACAUCCUUGGCAUUCU